UUGGUUGGAGAGUCGCAGCAGCCGAGAGGUCCGGGAAAGUUUCUUUGGAGGUGCGGCCGGGAGCGGCCAUGUCCCACGGCCCCAAGCAGCCCGGCGCGGCCGUCGCGCCGGCGGGUAGCAAGGCUCCUGGACAGCAUGGGGGCUUCGUGGUGGCUGUCAAGCAAGAGCGCGGCGAGGUCCCGCGAGUCAGUGAGAAGGGGUCCCACGAGGAGGAGCCUGUGAAGAAGCGCGGCUGGCCCAAAGGAAAGAAGCGAAAGAAGAUCCUGCCAAAUGGUCCCAAAGCACCUGUCACUGGCUAUGUGCGCUUCCUGAACGAGCGGCGUGAGCAGAUUCGCACGCGCCACCCGGACCUGCCCUUUCCUGAGAUCACCAAGAUGCUGGGUGCCGAGUGGAGCAAACUGCAGCCCACAGAGAAGCAGCGGUACCUGGACGAGGCCGAGAGGGAGAAGCAGCAAUACAUGAAGGAGCUGCGGGCAUACCAGCAGUCAGAAGCCUACAAGAUGUGCACUGAGAAGAUCCAGGAAAAGAAGAUCAAGAAAGAGGACUCGGGCUCCGGGCUCAUGAAUACCCUCUUGAAUGGACACAAGGGUGGGGACUGCGAUGGCUUCUCCACCUUUGAUGUCCCUAUUUUCACUGAAGAGUUCUUGGACCAAAACAAAGCGCGGGAGGCAGAGCUGCGGCGCCUGCGGAAGAUGAACGUGGCCUUCGAGGAGCAGAACGCGGUGCUGCAGAGGCACACGCAGAACAUGAGCAGCGCGCGUGAGCGCCUGGAGCAGGAGCUGGCUCUGGAGGAGCGGCGGACGCUGGCUCUGCAGCAGCAGCUCCAGGCUGUGCGCCAGGCGCUCACCGCCAGCUUCGCCUCGCUGCCGGUCCCUGGCACGGGCGAGACGCCCACGCUCAGCACGCUGGACUUCUACAUGGCCCGGCUGCACGGAGCCAUUGAGCGCGACCCUGCGCAGCAUGAGAAGCUCAUCAUCCGCAUCAAGGAGAUCCUGGCCCAGGUUGCCAGUGAGCACUUGUGAAGGUGUUUAUCAUGCCCCCGGAGAUCCAGAGAAGACCAAAUUCUAGUCCUGGCCCCACCCCCACUCCUACCCCAUGGAGGAGGGAUGGGGGUCCAUCCUUUGGGGCCAGAUCUGAUGGUGCACCUUGGGAGCUUCCACCCCCUACAAUUAUUCUACACCAUCCCCCUAGCUUUCAACCUCCCCAGUACCCUAAAUCCAAAGUGUCACCUGCCAUGCACACCACACAGAACCCCAUGGCCUCACAGGACAUGUCAUAUGACAGGGAUGUGGGAACACCAUACAUGGGCAGAAUAACCUAGGCUACAAGGGGACCAAAUACAGCUCUCGGAGGGUGGCACAGGCUCCAGUGGCUCUCCAGUAUCUAACGCAGGACACAGGGCAGGGAAAACCCAUACCUGACACAUUGGGAGAGACUCCUGGAAGAUGCUGACCACAGGUGCCCCACACAAACAGGCAGGCUGCAGGACUUGCUCUCAUGCUUGGGUGAGGGACUUUUGCCUGUGGCCCUCGAAUUCCUGCACCCACCCUUGUCCAGCUAAGGGACCGUCAUGAAGGUGGCCCCUUUGCCACUGCUUAAUCUGGACUUUUAAAUUUAAAAAUAAAGUGGAAUUUGAAUUUCA